CUACAGAAAACAAUUCCAUAGGCUGAGGUUUGACAACACAUCAGAUUAAUGUAACGGUAGUUAAGAAGCUUGUUGUUACUGUAAAGAGUGUUAUAGAAACACGUACAAAUAGGUUAAUAAUCGCCGGAGAAACUGACUUCAAAGAACGCUUCUCUCGUCGGCAGUCUGCCAAAACGACUCCUCAGAAACCCAAUGUACCGACCUGACGCCAAACCAGGCAUCUGACAGCUGCUAACCUGAUGACGCUUCCCUACUGAAGUAAAGCGCCGACAUGACGAGCGUGGGCCGCCUGCCGAGGGGCCCGUGGCGCGGGGGCGGGCGGACGGCGGCGUGGCUGUGCGGCGCGCUGGUGGUGGGCGCGCUCACCUACAUGUGGCACGGCGCGCACGUGCACCUCGGAGAGCUGCGCGAGGCCGCCAGCAAGUGCAUGCAGCACCAGGAGGUGCUCGCCGCACAGAUGGAAGUGGUUGUGGAGUACAAGCUGAGGCUGGAGAAGUCGCUGCAGCAGGAGAAGAACGACCACCGGCACACGCGCGAGUCGCUGCAGGCGCGCGCCGAGGAGGAGCAGUCGCUGCGCGAGCGGCAGUCGCUCGAGGCGAGCAACCGCUAUAGCUCGCUGCAGCAGCAGUACAAGAUCCUGCAGGGCCAGCACGGAGACCUGGAGGAGGAGACGCAGAAGCUGCGUACUGAGCGGCUGGAGUGGCUGGAACGCAAGAGCGGCCUGGAGGCGUCGGUGAGCGCGCUGCAGCAGCAGCUGACGCAGCUGCGGGCAUCCAAGGCGGCCGAGCUCCAGGAUCUGAAGACGCAGUUCUCGCGCCUGGAGCAGGAGCACGAGAGUCUGACCAAGCGGCACGGCGAGGCGCUGGCGGAGGUGCGCUCGGGCGCCGCGCGGCUCAAGGAGAAGCAGCGUGACGUCGACCGCCUCUCCCAGGACAGGGAGCUGCUGCAGGAGCGUCUGGCUCAGUGCGAGCACCGGCGGGAGGCGGGCGAGGGUGUGGGCCCCGCCCCCCGAGCCGCCCCACGAGCCGCCCCCUCGGAGCGGGGCGCGCCGCAGCGCCAGCUGUCGACCCGGUCCACGGCGAGCGCGCGCGGCGGCCCGGACCGGCAGGCACCUGGCGGUGGCGUGGGCGCCAAGCCGCCCCCGGCGCCGUCUCCGUCUGCCGCCGUUCCGGUUGUCGCUGCUGCAGAUAAGCAGUCGAAGCCGUCGACGCCCCAGAUCAAUCCGAUGGCAGUGCUGAGCCGGGAGAGGGUGGCACAGCCGGCGGCCGCGGCUCCUCCCCCACUGCAGCACGAGGGCGAGGGGGAGGCGGAGCCGGACGACGGAGAGCGGGAGCACGCGCCGGCUGCUGACACCCGGCCGCGACACGAAGAGGAGCCGGCAGCGGGCGAGGACGAGAACGACGAGGGUGGCGGGGUGGGCGUGCACCCCCUGGCGGCGGCCGGCUACCCCUGGCGGCCGCCCUUCGUGCUGGGCCCGGGCCCGCAGCCCAGGAGACCGCAGGCACAGCCGCAGGCGCAGGUGCAGCCGGCCCCACGCGGCCUGCGGCCCCGAGAUGGGAGGCGUGAGGAAGCGGAGGAGGAGCCACUGCAGCAGCAGCAGCAGGAGGAGGAGGACGAGGACGCCGGGGGCGGCGGGGGCGGUGACUACCUGCAGGAGCCGGCGCGCGGGGGCCGCGGCCCGCCCCCGGGCGGGAACGUCGACGCCGCCGUGGACGGGCCGCGGGACGACCCCGCCGCCCUGGAGGAGGGGGAGGAGGAAGAAGAUGACGACAUGGACCACAUCGACUACAACGAGGGUGCCCAGCAGCGACAGGGCGCGAGGGGUGGCGCGGGGCGAGCGGGCGCGCAGCCCGCGGGGGCGGCCGUCGCCGGCGUGCGCGAGCCGCCGCUGCCCGUGGGACCCCGCGACUCCGUCAUGGUCAACCCGAAGAAGUAG